AUGUACCUUACUAAGGUGGAGCUCACACGGUUUGAGCCCGUUAGGGAUGCUGUUGGGGAAAUGUCGGGCCUUUUGGUCUACGGCCAGGCAAUGCAAAGCGGGAUGAUAAUGACGAAGCACCCAUGGAAACCGAGGGAGAUCAUCAGCGCACUUUCCCAAGGGGACUACCACACAGCCCUCAUUGCGGUGGGUGUCGACAGCGACUUCAGCUAUGCCUUGACGCUGCAUCAUUGGGUACUGAUCACGAUCGUGAUCAUCACUUCAUCUGUAACAAUUUUUAUUAUAGUAAUCAGUAUCAUUUAUAUGCGCUUCGUAUUAACAAAUACAAAAAGACUAAACUCAUUUGAGUGUUCAUCCAAUUUAUCUUUAAGUAGGGUUCCUAGUUAUGGACAUCUUCCUGCCACACCUUUCACCAAUUUUGCCCACCCUCCAGCGGCAGACGGCGAUUUUGAUGAACCCACCGUUCCUUAUACACCAGCUUCUGGACGGCUUGAAGAAGAUGCUUUCGGAAAACAGUCAUCAGUGAGAAUCAUCAACCCUUUAAGAACUACUAACGACAUUUCUGCAGAAUCAAAAGCAGUAGACGAGGCUCAUCUGACCUUUUCUCACGUGGGUUGA